CCGAUUAACUACUUACUAGUACCUUACCUAUGCACCGACCUGUGGGCUGCGUGCGCCUCGCCGCGACUUGUCAUGGAAAUGAUCUCAUAACCUCUGGAUGUUGAAAGCGCAACCUAGAACCAUUGAUUAUCCUACCUAGUGCGCCCGCUUCUUAUGGGCUCGUCGCGCUGUGUCCUCAGUUGCGCCAUGCCCCGGUGACACAAUGGCACCAUCUCUCCCAAUGCGGAGCCGAUAUAGCGGCCGCCCGACCGUUGCAGCCCUCCUGUUGAUCGGCGCAAUCACCUUCCUCGCGCUCUUCCAGUCGGCGGCGGGCCCUAGCAGUCGCAGCCAUUUCGGGUUGAAUCCUAGAGGCUUGCAGGCGACCGAUGUCGACUGCCGCAACGUGCACCAUGCCGUCGACCAGUGCGCGUUCGUCCUGGCGAACUGUGAAGAUGACGAGGCCGGCCUGAUACACUACCUGUCCUUCUACUACUGCACGCUAGGAUCUGCGAAACCCGUCGCUUUCGCCAUCCUCACCGCCUGGCUCGGUCUGCUGUUCACCACCAUCGGAAUCGCUGCGAGCGACUUCUUCAGCGUCAAUCUCAGCACCAUCGCCAGCGUGCUCGGGCUGAGCGAGAGUCUGGCCGGCGUGACCUUCCUCGCUUUCGGCAAUGGUUCUCCGGACGUGUUCAGCACCUUUGCCGCCAUGGGUUCCAACAGCGGAAGCAUGGCGGUCGGUGAGCUGAUCGGUGCCGCCGGCUUCAUCACUGCGGUUGUCGCCGGCUCCAUGGCCUUGGUUCGCGAGUUCAAAGUCAGCAAGCGCACAUUUGUGAGGGACAUUUUGUUCUUCAUCCUCGCCAUCAGCUUCACUAUGGUCUUUCUGGCCGACGGCGAGCUACACCUGUGGGAAUGCUUCACCAUGAUCGGCUUCUACCUGUUCUACGUGGUGGUGGUGGUCGGGUGGCACUGGCUCACCGUGCGAAGGAGAAAGCAGAGACAGAGAGAUGUGGCCUCUCGGACACACUUCCAUGGCGUCUCGCCUCGCGGUGCCGACGAGCUGGAGCCUUAUCGUGACGAGCCGGACGAGGACGAGGCAGCUCCCGUUGGCGGUAGGUCUAGGGGUGCUUCGGAACCUGGCGAUAUCAGCAUGCUGGAACGAGGGCCGCGGAUCGAGGUCGACGGAGUGCCAUCUGCCGGACCGGACGAAGAAGAGGAACAGCGGGAAGUCCAUGUGGCCGCCGAAAUGGCGAGCAGCAUGCGAGUCAACCGGCCCCGCUGGGGACGAAGCAACACAACCAUAACCCCCAUUCGGCCAAGCUUACUGGGCGCGCUGGAAUUCAGAUCGGUGCUGUCCUCCCUCCAGAAGGAAAGAAACAUGCACCUAGGCCCGCUGCAUGGAAGGUCGUACUCGGUCCAGCACUCAGCCAACUCCACGCCCGAUGAUCCUCGUGGCCGCCCACGAACCAAAACAAUGCCAAGCGAGGUACGACCUGGGCCAACAGAGCGUUCCCUAUCGUAUGGAAACCAGCCCCUGAACCUCGACAAUGCUGCCCUUCCCCGGCGCGAUGCCGUCCCGAUGCCUGAAUCCCGGGGGAGUUCGGCUGCUCGUACCAUCGACGGAAUGCUUGCGCCGCCGCUUGGUUCUGGCAUGCCUGUCGACCAUGCGACGCAACACUCUCAUCCAGCGGGACGCGUCCACCGACUCCCGCAUAUCCAGAUUCCCUCCCCCAGCGGACGCUCCAGCGGACGCUCCUCUCCCUCGUUCUCGCCUUUCCCCGGUCUAUCCGAAUCCCCUGCCGUGCUGACCCCCAUUCCCGAGCCCGGAUUUCCAUUUCCGCCACUGAACGCACUGGACGCGAGACAUCACUCAUUCCCCGGCCUUGACGAUCAUGCAGAGCAUCCUAGGCCGGUGAACUGGUGGCCGUACGGAUUGCUGCCGGCUCCCCACGUCCUUCUUAGCACUAUGUUUCCCACCCUUCAGGGGUGGAAGGAGAAGGCGCUCUGGGAUAAGGCGGUCAGCUUGAUCUCGGUUCCAAGCAUCUUCAUCCUUGUGGCAACAUUGCCGGUGGUGGAAACCGAGAGUACACACAAUGACACUGAGAUGAACUCCCCGUCAGUUGGCCAGCCCGGAAGCGCGGCGCCACUCGUCUCUGUAGACGACGGUGCUCAACUUGAGCCAGAGACAGAGUGGCAAGCGUACAGACGACGAGCCCGAUCAACAGGGUCAAGGUCACCGCUCAGCAUGUCGCCAUCGCUGUUGUCCCUCAAUGCCCCACAACCGCCAGACCACCAUCAGCCUCCAGCUGUGCAAGUUCCGCAGAGGCCAAAACCAACUGAUGUUGGCUCUGAUGGCGCCACAGCUUCGUCCGAGACAGCCUCCGGUUGGAACAGGUGGCUGGUCGCGCUCCAGCUCUUUACCGGGCCGCUCUUUGUUUCCUGCCUCAUCUGGGCCAACACAGCGGACAACUUAGAGCAUCCGGUGAAGACCCUCCUGAGAAUGGUGUUAUACUCCCUCCUGAUCUCACUCUGCCUGUUGGCUGCGCUCCUCAAAACCACCAGCGCGGACCAGAAGCCCAAGUACCACUUCGUCUUGUGUUUCCUUGGGUUCGUCAUCGGCGUCGCGUGGAUCUCGACCAUUGCCGGGGAGGUAGUCGGAGUCCUGAAGGCCUUUGGCGUAAUCCUCGAUAUCUCGGAAGCGAUCCUGGGCCUGACCGUCUUUGCCGUGGGCAACUCACUGGGCGACCUCGUGGCCGAUGUAACCGUUGCGCGGCUGGGAUAUCCCGUCAUGGCAUUAGCUGCGUGUUUCGGAGGCCCGAUGCUCAACAUCCUCCUGGGCGUUGGCAUCGGUGGCGCCUGGAUGGGCAUCAACUCGGCCAACCGCAAGCAUCGGAAGCACCCUGACGCACCGCUCCAUUACAAGCCGUACCGCAUCCAAAUCGGCGGAACGCUCAUGAUCUCGGCGGUCACGGUAUUGCUGACCCUGCUUGUGCUGCUCAUUGCCGUACCUUGGAACCAGUGGGUAAUGAGUCGCAAGAUUGGCUGGGGGUUGAUAUGCAUCUGGACGGUUGGCACCACUGUCAACUUGGUCGUCGAGCUCACGAACGGAUUCUCGGACGUGUCGUGAGGGUUUGAAGGACCAGGGUGUUUGUUUAUCUACCUUACGAACCUGCCCGUAUAGUAUACCAUUUAUCUCAUCACGGCUAUCCAUUCCUGUGCACCCGAAGUCUGCUGCAAACUUUAACUUUAAGGUUUUGACACAACGACCCAUGACUCCUAGGUCGAAGUGCGGAGUUCCGUCUGGUGGACUCGAUUCAACAGACUGUCGACGGCGACUCCGACUUGGAGUGCGAGCUAUCGCCACGCCAUGAGCCCGAUGUUGAACAUCCAUUGGAUGAGGUAUAACUGUUACCUCGUGGCGCGCAAUCGUUUUAAGUUAGCCCCUGAGUGCUCCAAGGGAACACCCGUUUGGCGGGGAAGGUGGGGCCAUGCUUGGCCGCUGGCGGCCAGUGGAGGAAAGGGAGGGGUCAGGAGGGGCACCGCAAUCCAAACUGUCCUCUCAGCUCCCCUU